CAGGCCAGCAAGGAGAGGCCGGCGGGCUCAGGCGCCUCUGCUAUCCAUCUGAGGAGUGCCGUGGCCACCAUGGGGGCCAGACUGCCCCUCUUCCUCCUCCUGACCCUCCUGGGCAGCUCACAAGGAGCAGGGCCGGGGAUGACCCUGCGGCUGAAGCUGAAGGAUUCCUUUGUGGCAAAUCCAUCCUAUGGCUCCAGCUUCCUGGAACUGCUCCAGAAGCUCUGCCUCCUGCUCCACCUCCCACCAGGGACCCGCGUGACCCCCCGUCAGGCAGGAUCCCCACACCACGUCACCUGCGCAGGCUGAGAGCAGUGGGAGCUGCCCUGGGGGGCAGGGGUGGCCC